AUGUUAAUAAAUUUUUUCGUUGCGGUUUUUUGGUGCGCGGUCGUUGCCGCUUACGAUGUUCACGAUAAAGAUGAAAAGUUCGAUUUGUUUCCCGCUUUACCGGUGGGUAUUGUGGAUACGGAUAAUGUGCUCUGUAGGGAACAUUCUAGGAUGUAUGUGGAACACCUAAAAAAUUUAAGUUUGUGGGCAUACGAGAUGAGAGACUCUACAGCCAAAUCCGUAAUAGGAAUUUUGACUGGAAAUAUUGCUCAAUUCGGCCAAUUCAAAGAAUGUUUGCAAUCCUUGUCUCCGUUUCCAACCCAGUACUGCAUAUCUACAAUCACAGCUGAUAUUCCUGAACCAACACAGCCAUCAAGAAACCCAAAAUCUCUUUUAUAUUCACCGAACGAGUCAGUUCUUAGAAAACUUCAUGAUAAAAAAGAUCCUUCCCAACAACCGAAAAACAUCGUCCUGAUGGGUUGGUGUAUGCCUGCUUCAUGUACAGCAAACGGUCUACAGAGAUAUUUGAAUCGAUAUCUUAACACAAUAGAUUUUCCUUUGAAACACAUGAAUGUUACUUAUUCGUCAUAUAUCGAUGAGUCGUCUUGUCAGAAACAGGAUGACAAUAAGGACUUCGACCAAGUUGAAAUUUCUUUCGGAUUAGUGUGUGUAAUAAUAGUAGCUCUUGUGAUCAUGUCAACAACGUACGACUGUUUCAGGAACUACUCCAAUGAGAAAUUAGUUGAAAGAUCGCCAAUGGCAUCACUUUUGUUAACUUUUUCGCUUAAAAAGAAUAUAAAAAAGCUUCCACAGUCUGAUGACAGCAAUCCUGCUCUAACAAUUCUUUAUGGUAUGCGUGUUAUUUGUAUUUUAAUGAUUAUAAUGGACCAUAGAUUUGGAACACAUUUAGCUUCUGCUGUACUGGAUUUUGAUUUUGUCGAAUUGCAAUACAGAUCUCCAGUGGGAAGCAUAUUUUUCCAUGGUGAUGUCUUCGUUGAUUCAUUUUUCAUUUUAAGUGGCUUAUUAGUAACUUAUUGCUUGCUUGUACAGUAUGACAAACGAUUUAUCAACCCAGGAGUCAUAGUGUUUAUGCGGUAUAUAAGGUAAGUACGAA